AUGUUUGCAAUGCAUUCCCACUCUGACAAGCUUAGCCCCCGGGAGAUCCGUCACCUGGACUACAUUUCGCAGUUCACUUCAGACAUCCGCCAUAUUGACGGGUCACCGAAUGAGGUGGCUGACGCACUCUCCAGGCCCUCUAUUGCUCAUCUUCAGCUUUCACCCGGGAUAGACCUCGCUGAGCUGGCCGCUGAACAACGCCGUGUCGGUCCACCCUGUGAUGAGGAUGUUUCCGGACUCCAACUUCAGGAACUACCACUGACAACUGGCAACGGCACCAUCUUAUGCGACGUAUCCACCCCUUCCCAUCAUCCAUUCGUGCCACUAUCCCUCCGCCGCAAAGUUUUCUCCUCCCUGCAUAAUCCCUCUCACCCUGGGAGUCGAACAACUGACAAGCUGGUUUCCGACCGCUUCGUCUGGCCCGGGGUACACAAAGACCUGAAAGCAUGGACACGGGCUUGUAUCGCCUGUCAACGGAGUAAGAUCCAGCGGCACAACAAGGCCCCAAUUGGCACCUUUCCCGGUCCUGGUUCAAGGUUCAGCCACGUUCACCUGGACAUUGUAGGCCCCCUGCCUCUGUCCAAUGGUUGUUCCUAUCUCCUCACCUGUGUGGAUCGGUUCACUCGGUGGCCUGAAGCAAUUCCCCUGCCUGACAUUGCUGCUCCAACGGUGGUCAAGGCUUUUCUCAGUCGUUGGGUUGCUAUCUUUGGUGCACCCUACACAAUAACGACUGACCGUGGUGCCCAAUUUGAGUCUAAUCUCUUCCAGUUUUUACUCUCCUUUUUAGGCUGUACUCGCAUCCGCACUACAGCCUAUCAUCCGGCAGUCAACGGGAUGGUCGAGCGGUUUCACCGCCAGCUGAAGGCCUCCCUACGCGCCGCGGCCGAUCCGGAGAACUGGAUGGACCACCUUCCCCUGGUCCUCUUGGGCAUCCGCUCCGCUCUGAAGCCGGACCUUGAUUGUUCCGCAGCUGAACUGGUGUUCGGUGCCACCGUCCGACUCCCCGGUGAGAUGAUCUCGCCAACCCCACAAGGUGCGGUUGAGGAUCCCACCAACCUCCUGCAUCGUCUUCGGCAAUUUAUGCGGACACUUCCUCCGGUUCCUCCCAGGUCCUCCGCCUCUCCGUCGUAUCUCGAGAAGGACUUUGCAACGUGCUCUCACGUCUACCUUCGAUGUGAUCGAGUCCGCCGGCCUCUGAAACCGCCCUAUGACGGCCCAUUUCGGGUGCUCUCUCGCGGGCCGAAGUCUUUCCGCAUUCAGCGCGACAAUCGUGAAGAGGUCGUGAAUGUGGACCGCCUCAAGGCUGCCGUCCCUGACACUCCUUCGGAUGAGCCCUGUGGUCCUGUACCUUCUGCUUCCCCCCAUGCAGCCUCUAUUCCACCGUCCCGUAUUUUCCCUCUGCCCUCCUGUCCGCCAUCUCCGACUGCCACCACCAACUCCAACACUUCCGCCACCAGAUUUAUUCACUCUUCUACGGACCCUGUAUAUAUCACUCGCAGUGGUCGUCAUGUACACUUUCCUGAUCGGUUGGUCACGCAUAUCUUUUAG